UUCACUUCCAUUCAACGUGUCCACUUCCAAGCAUUCGAAACAAAAAAGUGAUUUGCAUUCUUGACGUAUUAAAAAAAGUGAUUUGCAUUCGAAAUAGACUUGUCGUUCGCAUUUGCUAGCCAUCACAGUUCACAUUCGCCAUCACCGUUCGCAGACACUCCUAGUCGCUCCCAACUAUUCGCAGUUGUUCGAAACCUCUUCCACAAGCGUCUGUUAUUGUUCGCAGUCGACCCAAUACUUUUGUUCUUGUUCUCUAUUCUUCAAUUCUUCAACUUCAUUGGUUCAAUCAAGGUAAAAUGGUGACUUAACUAAGGGUUGUGAGGUAUUCAAGAAGCAAUUGGUAAUGUCAAAGUCUAAAUUUCUACACUUGGAGUUUAUUCUCUUAUCACGACUCGAUUUUAUUUUAAGAUAAACGAAGACUUGGCAAAAAGAGAUGUCAUGUUUAAAACUGGGAAACUGUGGUGGGAGUACAGAUGCAAACUUUGGAAUGAAUUUUAUGACCCACUUAUGAGUAGAAAUGAGCUCAUUAAGAAUUGUCUAGAGAAUGUCAGUAUGGAUCAAUGGACUGUUUUUGUUGAUUAUUGCCUCAAGCCUUCAAUAGUGGAAUUAUGUAAUAGAAAAAAAUAUAUUAGGAAAAAACAAAUUGUUCCUCAUAUUGGUGGUGCUAUGUCUUUGUCAAGAAGAAGGGAUCAUUUGAAAAUAGAGACCGGUAGAAGUAUUAGUAGAGCUGAAAUGUGGAAGAUAACUCAUAAGAGAAAAAAUGGCACAUACGUGAAUGGCGAUGCUAUGGAGAUUGAGGAAAAAAUUGAUGAUUUGAUGUUGAAAAAUCCAGAAAUUGCAUCAGAUAUAUCUCCAAAUGAUCCAGUUGGUGUUAUGUUUGGAAAAGAAUAUCUAGGUCGGGUUAGAGGUUUUUCUUUUCGAGCUUGUCCUACACCUGCUUUCAAGCAAUGUCCAACUGCAAGAUUAAGUGGAAUCAACUUUGCUUCCUCUAGUGGAACUUCAUCAAAUAUGGAUGACAAGUUUGUAAAGAUGGAAAGUGACCUUGCAACUGUUAAGAACCAAAUGAACCAAAUGCAAAAAGUGCUUGCCUAUGUUGCUUCUAGAGAAGAUAUUCUUGAACCUCUUGCUGCAAUGGUUGUUGCUUUGGUACAUCCGUCUAGUAACGAGUGGUGCACCGUCUCCAAAGGAUGUAGUACGAUCAAAUGGUGGAAGCGAAACAAAUUAGGAUUAGGUUUAAAAGUAUAAUUGUAUUACGAUUUCAAAAUGACUUUUAGUAUUGUCUAUUUUAUGUUUGGAUCUUUUAACUCUUCAGCACUUUGAAAUUGUUCCACGAUCAAUGAAAUUUCUUCU